GUCAAUUUUGAAAAUUUAGACAUAUAAAAAAUUAAAUAAUAUUGGCUUAAUAAUAUUGAAAGGAAAACAUAUAAUUUUUUUAAAUUAAAGCUAUUCCAUCAAUAUGCCCAAACCUCAGUUUCCCAUGCAUGACUAUCAUCUGCACAAAUCGCUAAGAACUUGUGUCACUGCUGUUGGUUUGUCGAUGGCUUCGGGCCUGGCAUAUUAUUUUCUGCAGCAUUUACCACUAAAAGCUAAAUAUAACAAUUUUUAUUCAAAUUAUGAUCCAAUGGCUUCAUUUAAUCGAAUGAGGGCUGGCGGCUAUUUGAGUUCUUGUCCAGCUCCUAGCAAAGGGGGUAGUGAGAAGGAUAAAAAGAAGUGAAGACACUCUGAGAUUUAUCUGUAUGUAUGUAUUCGUAUGUGUGAAUAUCCAGAAGCUUAAUAAAAAUUCUUGAAAUUAGUUAAAAAUUAAUGUAAA